AUGCCACGAAACUACGUUAGAAAGAGAUCGGCGCGGCCAUAUUCAGCAGAAGACUUACGAAAAGCAGUUGCUGACGUUUCAACCAAUAAUUUAACAUAUCGGCAAGCUUCUGCUCUCUAUGGAAUACCAAUUUCUAACAUCUUCAAUAGAAUUAAAGGUCGUAAAAUUGCUGAAGGAAAACUAGGUGGUGGAAGAAAUCCCAUUUUCACACCUGAAGUGGAACAUGAUAUUGCUCAAUGUCUCAUGGAACGAUCGAAAAUGGGCUAUCCUUGUUCAAAAGAUGAAUUGCUUCAAUUAGUGCAGAAUUACGUGUUACAAAAUCAUAUAAAAACGAGCUUUAAGGAUGGAAAACCUGGACACGAUUGGUAUAUUGGGUUCAUGUCCCGCCAUCCUAGGUUAACCUUAAAGAAAGCUGAACAUCUCCAAAAGUCAAGGAUGUUAGCAAGAAACCCAGAGAUAGUUUAUGAUUUCUUUGAUAAAUUGGAAGAAGUAAUUUCAACUUACAAUAUCCUACCAUCAUUUACAUUUAAUACUGAUGAAUCUGGAUUUAGUUCGGAUCCUUCAAAAGUCCGUGGCAUAGGCAUCAAAGGAAAAACCUUAAGUCGCGUUAGCGGGAGUUCAGGUCGAGAAAACACCACAGUGUUGGCAUGUUCAGCAGCAGACGGCACAAUACUUCCACCUCUGAUCAUAUUCAAAGGAGAUGCGGUCCAGGCUCGUUGGACAUCACCCGCCGCUUAUCCUGGUACUCUGUACGCAACAACACGAAAUGGAUGGAUGGAAGAAACACCUUUCUUUUAUUGGCUGCAAACUUGUUUUAUACCCCAUGUGCGCAAAAAACGUUUAGAGCUGGAACUACCAGAUGCAACCGCUCUACUUCUAUAUGAUGGUCACAGCAGCCACGUAAGUCUACGCAUAAUAGAACUUGCUAUGGAGGCUAAUAUUCAAAUUAUCCAAUUUCCUAGCCAUCUCACAGACAACAUUCAACCCCUUGACAAAUGCGUAUUUGGCCCAGUGAAAAAAGCAUGGGACCGAAAGUUGGUGGAGUUUGGUAAGGCCAAUAUUGGAGUUGGAACAGGACGUUUGCAAAAGCGUGAUUUUGUUGAACUCUUGGGCUUAGUUUGGGCAGAAGCUAUGACAAAAUCAAAUAUUAAAGCUGGUUUCAUCACCACAGGAAUUUGUCCAGUAAAUCGAAAGCGUUUUCCAGAAAGUUUGUUUGAUCCAAUAGCGCUUCUAGCUUAUCAGAAAAGAAAACGGAGAAGUGAUGUCGGCUCUGUAAUCGAACCUGCUCCAGAAAUGCAAGAAGCUGAAAAUUCAAAUUCAUCUGUUGGUUUUGUUUCGGAAACGGAAGGACCUGGCUCUUCAGGUUCAUCAGCGGCAGAAUUGGAAAAGGCUGGACCCUCUAAGUUACCAUCACUACCAGCUACUGUUACUGAUUCUUCUAUUCCAUGUUCACCCUCUGCUAUUGUUCAAAUCUUUGCUGAAGCAAUUCGUGAAAAAAGAUCCUUGACAAGUGAAAUCCAAGUUGCAAAAAAACCAACACCUCGUUUAAAGCAGCUGCGGUACGGGGAGGUAGUAACGACGGAAGAGGUGGCUGCUAGGUUCAGAGAAGCUGAGAAUAAAAAAAUAAAACGACCCAAAACAGUUGCGAAAUUAAAAACUAGUAAAACCAACACUACAGAAAAUAAGUUAAAAAAGAAAACAUCUAGUAGUUCUUCCGAUGAUAAUUCCAGUGACACAAUGUCUCUUCAUGAUGAAUCCGAUGAUUCUAAGUUUGUCAAUUCAGACACCGAACAGAGUUCAGAGGAGGAUUCAAGAAAGUUGCAUUUUUUACAAGAGAAUAAGAAAGCCAAAGCCGAAAGUCUUGAGAGCUCGGAUGAAACAGAGAUGAACAUGCCACUUGCAAAAUUGCGUGAAAAAAUACAAGUGAAAGUUGGAGACUUUAUAAUUGUGAAAUUUAUUUACAAUCUCGGCACUAAAAAACAAAUCAAGAAAAAUUUUGUUGCCGAAGUAGUCGACUUGGAUAUUAACAUUUCAGCAAAAUUUUUUAGAAAAUCCAGUAAAACUACUGACACCUACAUAUUUCCCUUGGUAGAAGAUAAGCAAGUGAUUAAUUUUGACCAAAUAGUAGCUAUAAUAAAACCGUCAAAUAUUAUGCGUGGUCGAUAUGUUUUCCCAAAUAUUUCAAGAUUACCGUUGUUGCUAGAUACUUAUUUUCAUAUGUUUAUUACUAAAUGUCUUAAAAUGUACUAA